CUAAUUUAAAAAUCCCACCGUUUCCCAACCUAUAGCUGCCCUAUAAAUCUCCUCAAUCCUCACUCUUUGCUUAAGUAAUUUGCUCCCUUUUUCUCAAUAAACCAGAAGUAACAAGCAAAAUAGAAAUAGCGAAAAAGAGAUAAAGAUGCUCACAACAGAGAAACCCCGCAAGUGCCCGACCAUGCCGGAGGUCAUCGACGAACUAAAGAAAAUGACGGACAUAGGCUUCCCUAUAGUUGCUAUGAGCUUGGUUGGUUAUCUGAAAAACAUGAUUUUAGUUGUAUGCAUGGGAAGGCUAGGAAGUCUUGAGCUCGCUGGUGGUGCUUUAGCUAUUGGCUUCACCAACAUCACAGGCUACUCAGUCUUAUCAGGCCUGGCGAUGGGGAUGGAGCCAAUUUGUAGCCAAGCUUUUGGUUCAAGAAACUUAUCAGUAGCAUCUCAAACUCUACAAAGAACGAUUGUCAUGUUACUUCUUGCUUCACUACCUAUUGGCUUAAUAUGGGUUAAUCUUGAACCUCUAAUGCUAUCCAUCCAUCAAGAACCUGAUAUAACCAAACUUGCAAGUAUAUAUUGCCGUUUCUCCAUCCCAGAUCUUAUUGCCAAUAGUCUUUUACAUCCUUUACGCGUAUAUUUACGUAGUAAAGGAACAACAUGGCCAUUAAUGUGGUGCACUUUGAUCUCCGUUGUUCUACAUCUACCCAUUACUAUAUUCUUAACAUUUUAUCUUCAUCUUGGAGUACCAGGAAUUGCAAUUUCCACUUUUAUCUCCAAUUUUAAUACCCUUUUAUUUAUUUUAUGCUACAUGUAUUUUACUCGUGUUCCUAAAGAUGGGGAGUCUCUAUAUGUUCCACUCUCACCAACCCCGCUGUCUUCAACUCCUUCAAUAGGUGAAGAAUGGGGAAUUCUACUUCGAUUGGCUAUACCGAGUUGUUUAGGUGUUUGUUUAGAAUGGUGGUGGUACGAAUUCAUGACAAUUCUUGCUGGAUACUUAUCUGAGCCUCGCGUAGCUUUGGCAACAUCAGCGAUAGUGAUUCAGACAACAUCACUUAUGUACACAUUGCCUACAGCACUAAGUGCAUCAGUGUCGACCAGAGUAGGGAACGAGCUCGGAGCAGGAAGACCAGAAAAGGCACGAUUGGCAACCGCAGUAGCAGUAGGAUCAGCACUAGUAAGUUCAUUAUUUGGCUUGCUAUUAACAACUCUAGGAAGAGAAGCAUGGGCAAGAGUAUUUACAGAAGAUGAACGAGUUCUAAAGCUAACCAUGGUGGUACUACCGGUAAUUGGAUUAUGUGAGCUAGCAAAUUGUCCACAAACCACAAGUUGUGGGAUUUUAAGAGGAAGUGCUAGGCCAGGAAUUGGGGCAGGGAUCAACUUUUAUUCCUUUUACCUGGUGGGUGCACCAGUGGCCAUACUAUUAGGCUUUGUCUGGAAAAUAGGGUUCGUGGGGCUAUGUUAUGGACUUCUAGCGGCUCAAGUUACUUGCGUAGUAUCAAUCUUAACGGUUGUAUACAAGACAGACUGGGAAAGAGAGUUGUUAAAGGCCAAAGACUUGGUGGGAAAAAGUGACGCAUUAGCACAUGCAAUAAACCAAACAGUGAAAUGUGAAGAAGAAGGGGUAGGGUUUCUGAAAGCAAACCAGAGCAGAGCAUGCACUGCUAGUUGUUGAUUUUUCAAAAGUGAACAAUCGAAUAGAAA